UGUGGAAUUGUUGUUCAUUGUGCGCUGUCAACAUGGUGACCCUUAGAUCCGGAACCGUUACCACCCCCUACAGCAAAGAGCAGGAGGAGAGAGCUGCCGCCCUUCUGCGUGAGAAGAAAGAGAAGAUGGAGAAGAGGGAACUAAUCAGACAGGCUAAGCUGUUGGCGCUGCUGGAGGAGCAGGAAGCAAAGAAGAGGCAGAUGGAGGAGGAGAUGGAAAGAUGGAAGAAGGAUCAGGAGGAGAAGAUGGCAGCUAUUCAGGCGGAAGAACAAGAAGAAAAAGAAGAAGUGGAGAAAGAAGAAGAAAGACCGCUAGAGAGGAGAAGAGGAGGGGGAAGCACAAGUAAAGACGUGGAGAUUGCGGAAAGAGCACAGGAAUGGGCAGCGCAUUUGGAGUUAGGGGAAGACCAGGAGGCUGAGAUGGCUGUAUCCGAGGAAGAAAGAGAAGCAGUCAGGAGGCAAAUUGAAGCAGAGAGGGAUCCAGUAAAGAGAGGGGCGAAGGAGGAGGAACAGCGGAUGGCGUGGAGAUACCGGUUAUCCCAAGAAAGGGUCAGGCGAUUGGAAGCGGCAGAGAGGGCGGACAAGGAACUAAGAGCGGCGGAAGUUAGGAUGGGGAAGAUCCGAGCGGAGACUGAGCUAGCAACCAAGCUAGAUACGCUGAUCCAAAGUGUAGAGGCUUUAUUAGUGGCACAGCUGGAACAAAUGCAGUACGAACGCAGUCAAGACAUCAAUAUAGACGCGAUACGCGCGGGGUUCAAGGACUUUGCGUGCGACAUGAUGAAACACCUGCUGACCGAAGUGCACAUUGCAAUUAAUAAGACCCGAGAGUUUUGUACUGGCGCCAUUGAAGGCGCCAAGCUAGCGGCCCCUAAGGAAGAGGAGUCGGCCCCACCACGUCGCGAGAAAGUCAAGGUCCGAUUUCCCGAACCCUUUAGUGGAAAGAAGGGUGAAGAUUUUGAUAACUGGGAGGCCAACGUGCACUCCUAUCUCUAUCUGCAGGGAGUCACGCCUGAAGACCACACUUUGGUGGCCUUCCAGGCCCUUAGAGACGAAGCGACUAGCUUUGCUAGGUCGCUAGCCCGCGCUGCCAACUGCGAUAACGAUAUGGUUACAUACUCCAGAUUGACACCCCUCUUCGACUCCCUGAAAGCCCUCAAGGAGCGAUUUUCUGAUGUCACGCGGGGCCUUAAGGCCUCAGACAAACUCCAAAUGAUCCACACUCGCCAGUGGAAGAGUGUGCAUGCGUUAAAGUCCGCUAUGGACGAACUGAUUGCGGUCCCUGGGCAUGGAGUCACUGAUGUGCAACUCCUUAACCUCUUCUACCGAGCCCUGCCUGAAAAUAUUCAAGGACAUUUCUUCGAGAAGAAGAAUCAGCAGGGCAUGACUUACGAUACACUUAGUCGGGAGGCAGUUGCAUUUGCCGCCCAAGCGUCGCCAGUUACCACGUUCUGGCACAAGGAUCUGUCUAAGGGAAAAACGUGGAAGGGACGCACCAUCUCAGGCCAAAUCAAGGCCAAAGAUAGUCUGAUCUUAACGAUGGAGGAAGGUGGUGCAGAGGAGGUUCCCUACUCUGACAUCGAGUGGGGACUAGAGGAGGAGGAUAACAACGCAGGCAAGGGGAGAACCUAGGCUGCUAUCGCGGCUGGAGGGAGGCCGCAAGGAGGACAACGGUCCGGCCCAAAUGGUCGGGCCCAGGGUGGCCGAGGGCAGGGCGGCGAGGGGGUUGGCGGUUAUGGCAGCCGCCAAGCGGGAGGAAGGGGAGGUCCCCCGUCUAACCGUCCGAGUUCUAGUCGGUCACCCCCCAGACAGGGAAGGUGGCAUCCAGGCCGGCCUGAAGGCCGACCUUGGUUAGACCUGGGUAUAGAUAAAAAGGUAUGGCAAGA